AUGUCCUACACCACCCGUCAGAUUGGCGCCGCCAACACUCUCGACUACAAGGUCUACAUCGAACAAGAUGGCAAGCCUGUGUCUCCAUUCCACGACAUUCCUUUGUACGCCAACAAGGAGAAGACCAUCCUCAACAUGAUUGUGGAGGUUCCAAGAUGGACCAACGCCAAGUUGGAGAUCUCCAAGGAGCAGAAGUUGAACCCAAUUAUCCAGGACACCAAGAAGGGUAAGUUGAGAUUCGUCAGAAACUGUUUCCCCCACCACGGAUACAUCCACAACUACGGUGCUUUCCCUCAAACCUGGGAGGACCCUAACCAGAUCCACCCAGAGACCAAGGCCAAGGGUGACGACGAUCCUUUGGAUGUUUGUGAGAUCGGUGAGCAGGUUGCCUACGUCGGCCAGGUCAAGCAGGUCAAGGUUUUGGGUGUCAUGGCUCUUUUGGACGAGGGCGAGACCGACUGGAAGGUGAUUGUCAUCGACGUCAACGACCCAUUGGCCGCUAAGUUGAACGACAUCGAGGAUGUCGAGACCCACUUGCCAGGUUUGUUGAGAGCCACCAACGAGUGGUUCAGAAUCUACAAAAUCCCAGACGGAAAGCCUGAGAACCAAUUCGCCUUCUCCGGUGAGUGCAAGAACAAGAAGUACGCCGAGGAGGUUGUUGCCGAGUGUGCCGAGGCUUGGGACAAGUUGAUCAAGGGUACUACCACCCCUGGUGAGAUUGACUUGACCAACACCACUUUGACCUCUACCGAGAAGUACGUCGAGUCUGCUGAUGUUCCUGAGGCUGCUCCACUUGCUGCUGCUCCAAUCGACAAGUCUGUCGACAAGUGGUUUUUCAUCUCUGGUGCUCACUAA